AUGAGCAGCUCCAUCGAAGGGCCAGUCGCAGGGAGUCAGAGGAGGCGAGGUUGCGUCGUUUCUGCGACGGAAGGCUGGAAGGGCGCCGUCAAGGAGGAGGGCACCAAGCUGACGACGUCGAUCACCGCGCCUACCGUCGAGGCUGCUCUCAAGGAGAUACCGGAGGCAGCCGCGGCAGGGGCUGACAUCAUCGAGCUCCGCCUGGACCUGUACGCGGACUUCAAACCGCAGGAGCACCUGGCCACUCUCAUCCAGGCCUGCCAGGACCAGGCCAAGGUGCCGUGCAUCGUGACGUACCGGCCCGUCUGGGAGGGCGGCAAGUACGACGGCGGCGAGGCGCAGCGGCUCGGCGCCCUCAGGUACGCCGCCGUCCUCGGCGCCAGGUACGUCGACGUGGAGUUCAAGGCCGCGACGGUCUUCUUCGCGGCGCCCGGCAUGGUUCCAGAGACGACGGCGAUCAUCGUGUCGUCGCACAACUACGAGGCCACGCCCGGCGCCGCGGAGCUGGUCGAGCUCGCGAACGCCAUGUGGGACGCCGGCGCCGACAUCGUGAAGAUCGCGACCACCGCGACGGACGUCGCGGACUGCCGCAACCUGUUUGCGCUUCUCGCGGCGCGGCGGGGGCCGACGGUGGCGCUCGCGAUGGGCGAGCGCGGCGUGAUGACGCGGAUCUUGUCCGGGAAGUACGGCGGGUACCUCACGUUCGGGGCCAUGGGCGCCGGCCGUGAGAGCGCCCCGGGGCAGCCGACGAUUGGGGAGCUGCGCAACAUGUACCGCCUGGCGAGCAUGGGCCCGAAGACCAAGGUGUACGGCGUGAUCGGGAACCCCGUGGCGCAGAGCAAGAGCCCCGCGAUCCACAACGCGGCGUUCGCGCAGCUGGGCACCGACGCUGUGUAUGUCCCGCUGCUCGUCGACGACAUGGAGCGCUUCCUCGAGGCCUACGACGACCCGGACUUCGCGGGAUUCUCCGUCACGAUCCCGCACAAGGGCGCGGCGCUCGCCGGCGCGGACCACGUCGACCCGGUCGCGCAGGAGAUCGGCGCGGUCAACACCCUCGUGCGCAGCGCUGACUCAGGGGAGCUGACGGGGUAUAACACCGACUGGGAGGCCGCGAUCGGCGCGAUCGAGGAGGCCCUGCGCGGCAAGGACGGCAGCGGCGCGCCGAAGCCGCUCACGGGGAAGACGGUGGUGGUGAUCGGGGCCGGGGGCGCAGGGCGCGGGCUGGUGUUCGGUGCGCUGGAGCGCGGCGCUGCGGAGGUCGUGGUGUGCAACCGGUCGAUCGAGCGCGCGGAGCAGCUCGCGGCGGAGGUGGGCGAGCGCUGCCGGGCCGCCACGCUCGCCGACCUCGCGGGCGGUCAGGUAACGGGGGAUGUAUUGGCAAACACCACCAGCGUGGGGAUGGUGCCCGAGGUGGACGCGAGCCCGGUGCCGGCCGAGGUCGCGGGCUCGUUCGCGGUCGUCUUCGACGCCGUGUACAACCCGCUGGAGACGAAGCUGCUGCGGGAGGCCGUGGCGGGCGGCGCGGCCCCUGCGAGCGGCGUCGACAUGUUCGUCGGCCAGGCGGCGCGGCAGUUCGAGCUCUUCACGGGCGUCAAGGAGGCGCCGCGCCAGCUCAUGAAGGACGUCGUCCUGGGCUCGCUGGACCCCGCGAAGCGGUAG